AUGUCAGCUCUGAGAGCAGGUAUCAAGGUCGCCGGCCUGACAACACUCAGCGCCAGUGUAGCCUAUUCCGGCUACCAAUACUACAACACAACCAAUGUCAUCUUCACAGCACACGCAGAGUCUCUCCCAUCAGACUCGAAGGCCGCCCUGAAGAAGAUGGAAUGGAAAGGCUUCACAGAAAUGAAGCUCCAGAGCGCCGAGCAAGUGAACCACAAUGUUAAAAGGCUGACUUUCGCCUUGCCUACAGAUGACUCCACAACCGGUCUAUUGCCGAUCACGUCUCUGUUGACGCGGCAUACUCCAGAAGGUGCUUGGAUUCCAGUCUUUCGCCCUUAUACUCCAGUCAGCGACAAUGAUAUUCCGGGCACAGUGACGUUCAUGGUCAAGCGUUACGAAGGUGGAAAGGGCUCUGGGAAGAUGCACUCCUUGAAGCCGGGUGACAGUAUGCUUUUCAAGCCACUCCAGGAACUCGAGUAUAAGCCAAAUGAAUUCAAAUCCAUGCUGUUCAUCGCUGGUGGCUCCGGAAUCACACCUAUCUAUCAGCUUACAAGGUCUAUCCUACGCAAUCCCGAGGACAAGACAAAGAUCUCGCUCAUAUAUGCCAACAACACCGAGGAGGAUAUCUUGCUACGGAAAGAGUUUGAGGAGUUCGAGAAGCAGUAUCCCGAUCGAUUCAAGAAGCUUUUUACGGUUUCCAAGAAGAGUAGCGCGGAUUCCGAUGUCGAACAGGGCUAUGUUACCAGAGAAAUGAUCAAGAAAGUCUCAUCGGACGACGGCAGGGUUGGCAAAGUGCUUUGCAGUGGCCCGCCCGCAAUGAUAGAGGCCGUAGCAGGAAAGAAGUCUCUCGGCGGCUGGGUACAGGGCCCGGUGAAUGGCAUUUUGAAGGAGCUGGGAUAUGGCAAGGAGGAUGUCCACAAGUUCUGA